AUGAAGCGAAUAUCAUUUUUGCGAUUCUCAAGCAUUGCCGCUGAUGUCGAGUUCAUCAACCCAUAUUCCCGUGCGUUCGUAUACCUCGAAGACGACGAGAUCCGUGGUGGCCGCGACCCCGACCGGUUCAGCUACUACGAGGCGCCGCGGCUAGAUUUCCUGCUUCCGCAGGAGAUUGCGCUGACCUGUUCCAUGGACGAAGGCGUCCAUGUCAUUCUGCAUACGAAAGAAACCGCGUAUCUGCAACAGCUCCAAUCACUCGAAAUCAUUCCGAGCCCGUCACGAUGUACUCGCCAACUAUAUAACAAAUACUACCCGGCGGUGUAUCCGAGAAUGAAAAAAGUCCUCCAGGAGCAAUACAGAUGGCCAUAUGAUUUCCAAGAAGCUGAGUGGAAGGAAGCUUCGAAGGUGACAUGGAAGCGAAUCGAGCUAGAGGAUCCAAACUAUGAGACGGAUAAUGCUGAUGAACUGGAACCUGAAGUAUUGAGGAAUGAUAAAGAUGGCUAUAGCUUUCAACUUAGCACCGAGGUGGAGGCCCAACUCCGAUUACUUCUUAAUAUUCAUUGA